CCAUCGCCUCUACGCAGUCAAUGUAGCAGACGCUUUUUCUGGGAUCUAUUCUAUUUUUUGUCAAUUUUAUCGCUACUGGUUCUGGCGAUUGAGAAAAGGAAGUGGUGGCUUUAUAUUUUGGUGGCGGUUUUGUUAUCCGCUUAUAUAUGCCACCAUUGCUACAGUUGAGGGUGUGCGCAUCAUUGAAGCCGUAGAGAGUAAAGGUGUUGUUGAGAGCGAGACCCUUGGAGGAAGUGAGAAAGGGUGUGGGUCAUCUGUUAUCCUUCUCUUAUUAGUGGUUGCCUGAAAAUUGUAAUGCACAAUCACUCUCAAAACGCCGUCCGCAAUGAACAAAACUCAUUUUGGUAGCAAUUCUUCUUUUUCCUUCAAUCUUACUGCACUUUUCAUAGCAAGCCAUUAGCGUCUCUGCAAUACUUUACACUCCUCUGCUCAUUCAUCACAUAACGAUCCGCCUUCAGACACUCUUUGCACUGCCCAACGCAUCACCCAAAAACCAAUAUCCGUUCUGAAUAAAGAAAGACCCUUGAUCCAAAUGCGACGACCAAAAAUUAUGCCCACAAGGUCAUCUCAGUCCGAUAUAACCGACGACCCUCACUCGAUCCCACUUGUACCGAUCAGAAGACAACCGCGCGAUGAGCCGCCACCAAUGCCAGUACGCAGACCGGAAAACAACAUUCUAGGUGACUUGCCACCCGCCUACGCUCAUUUCUCUGCCCCUGAAAACGAAACAGACAUCAGACGAUUAUACGCCGCCGCUCAGCGCGAUAUCCAAGCGACAAGCCAACCACUUCCUCCAACGACAACGCCUCAAGCCGCUCCCCACCAAAUGGCUACCUACCAAGCCGUUGAUGUGAGCCGGGAGAGCCCACCAGCCUGGACUCCCUGGGUUCUCGUCUCCUUGAUCGUUCUAUACAUCUGUCUGACGGCAGCUCUCUUCGCGGUUGCAGAAAACUUGGCCGUAACACGGGGCGAUCCGAACUAUCGCUACAUCCACCUGAUACCGAUGUCGAUGAUUUUGACGCCCUUUGUGAUAGCAGUUCUGGUGGAUUGAUAGUAAGAUGACUUCGU